AUGGUAGAGACAAAUAUUCAGUUGAGAGAUAAGAGAAUACUGGAGAUUGGUUGUGGUCAUGCAUUGCCUUUGAUAUAUUGUUUACAAAGAGGUGCACACUCCACCUUUCAAGAUUAUAACCACGAAGUUAUCAAGACAUUGACAAUCCCAAACGUGAUUGUCAAUUCCAAUGCUGCCAUUCAAACUCUUCACCAACCAAGAUUCAUCUCUGGCGAUUGGAAACAUGUUAAUCAACUACUUAAGGAUGAGAAGUUUGAUAUCAUCUUGGCUUCGGACACCCUUUAUAGCAUACAGUCCUUUAGGAAACAAAUAGACUUAAUCAAUGACCAUCUCGACAGUGGUGGAAUAUGUCUGAUGGCAGCCAAGUCAUUCUACUUUGGUGUUGGAGGCAGUAUGUUCGAAUUCAAGCAACUUGUUGCAUCCGAGAAAAGACAUCAUUUGGAGGUAGUCAAAAGUAUAAACGAUGGAACAUCAAACAUGAGGGAGAUCAUAGGGAUAAGGCUGAAGGAGAAUUGA